GUCAUCAAAACGGAGAGCUAGCUUCAGUAGAGGCAGAGGAAGAGAGAGAGAGGACACAUUGGGACUGUGUGGAGACAUGACAGCCGCUGAGGAACGAAUUAAACUCUCCUACCGAGCUCUUUUAUAUGAGUUCUUAUUAUUUCUGUCUGUUUUUGGUUCGAGGGAGAUUCCCAGAUUAACACUGCAUCAAGGCCAACAAAUUCUCUACAGCAGAAAUUUAAGUCACACAGUCUUCUUACUUCAGAAGGCAGAAGACCGCCUGUUUAUAGGGGGAUCAAACUAUGUGUUAGAAGUUGAUGUGAACAGUGGUCGACUAGUAAAGAACUUCACACUAACGGAUAACAGAGACUCUGUUUGUGAUCAGAGUUCUUGUGAAAAUACAGUCACAGUAAUCGAAGAUUUCCAGAGCUGUAUUUUAGUGUGUGGGACAAAUGGAGAAAACCCAAAAUGUUGGAAAUUGUAUCCCACGGGGAGUAAUCACUCCAGUGAGGUAGAGCAAUACAUUGAUGGCACUGGGAUUUCUCCUUUCACACCUUUACAGAAUUCUGUGUCUCUCGAAGCAGAUGGGGACCUUUAUGCAGCAGCCCCUCUUUAUAAAGAUGGAACUUCACUACAGUUCCGCAGAAAAGCUGGAAGACAAAACAGUGUAUGGAUGUAUGAUCCAUGGAUUACAGAACCAACCUUCAUCUCUUCCUUCCUGGCCAGGAGACGAAAUGAAUCAAUACAUGAGAAGAUUUAUGUCUUUUUUCGAGAGAAAAACCCAGACAGUGGCCCAGAGGCAGACCCUUGGAUCUCUAGAGUGGCUAGAGUUUGCAAGGGAGAUAAAGGUGGCUCCAAAAGAUUCUUCCAGAACAUCUGGACGUCCUUCUUGAAAGCACGUCUUGUCUGUGCUAUUCCUAGUGAGUCUCUUUACUUCAAUCGUCUUCAGGAUGUUUUUGUUGUGGAGUCUGAGGACUGGAGGGACUCCAGGGUGUAUGCCCUCUUUUCAAGCAGCUGGAACUCCACUGCUGUUUGCAUAUAUUCAUUAGCUGAGCUUGAUGGCAUUUUCGAGAAUUCCAAGUUCAAAGGCUACAAUGAUGAGAUUCCAAGCCCAAGGCCAGGAACUUGCGUGGAGGACAGUAGAUCUCUGCCUACACAUUCUAUCAACAUCAUUAAACAUCAUCCGGAGAUGACUGAUUGGAUUCACCCCAUACAGAAACACACUCCCUUCUUCAGAAGCAAUAACAAUUACACAAAAAUAGUAGUGGACAGAGUUCAGGCUGCUGAUGAGCAGAUGUAUAAUGUGCUGCUGCUCUCUACGGACACUGGUGUGAUCCUUAAGAUUUUGGAGGAGAACUCCAAUGCCUUUAUCAUAUCUGAAACAAUUCUUCUCAAUGGCUCUGCUCCUGUGCAGUCAAUGAAACUCGACUCUGAAAAGAGAAAGCUGUUUGUCGGAUACCCUGGACAGAUGUCUGUCUUAGACCUGCAGAGAUGCCAGGAUUACAAAGCCUCCUGUGAGGAUUGUGUUCUUGCCCGUGACCCGUACUGUGCAUGGACUGAAAAUGGCUGCACCUCACAAAUUGGGGGAAUUCAAAACCUUGCUACUGGUGAUACCCUAGUUUGCCGUACAAAUUCAGUAAACAAAGGUGGAAGAACCAAGCGAGGUACAUCAUUCUUAACAGCAGCACCACAACCAAUAGAACGCAUUGUUCCCGAAGGAGUCCCGUACUACCUGUCCUGCCCCAUCGAAUCCCAUCAUGCUGCCUACAGCUGGGAGCACAGGAAUUUUCACAGCCCUUGCCAACAGACACAGUCCAUCUGCCUCCAUCUCAUACCAUCUAUCAGUGCAGACGACUAUGGAGAGUACACCUGUAUGUCCAAAGAGCGGGACUACACGAAAGUGGUUACAAAAUACAAUCUGCGUGGUCGCCCUGAGCCGAGAACCUUAAGCGGUGGCUGCAAACAGACAGCGCAGAAGGAGUGGCUAUUGAUUGUAUCUGCUGCAGUUCUGUUCUGCAUUCACCAGCAAGUCUAGAGUUGUAGGUGUGCUGCACUUUUAUUAAGCUUUCCUAAUUCUCAGCCUGUCUAGUAAAACCAUUCCAGCAGAAUGUGAAUGCGUUUGAUUUACAUGCCUGUAACAGGACAGGACCACAUUAAAUGAUUGAUGUGUGGACUCUGGUAAGAAGUGACGUGGUCUUCUGACCGUUGAAGUGGAAAUACAUGUAGGCGCCUGUUUAGAUCAUCAUCAUUUAAAUCAAAAGCCCCACCACCAAAGUGAGAUCAGAUACUGUGGAAAAUCACCACUCCCUGAAAUAUGUUAUGUAAUUUGUUGUUAAUGUAACUCCCAAUCUAUGUUUUAUGGUUCUUGGACUUGGUUCAGAGAGUGGUGUGACUAAAACUUUGAAACUUUAACUUAAAACUGUGUCUUUCUGCCGCCAAUUAAUGGGAGAGUGCACUGUUUAAUUUUUAAACAUGUUCCAUUGCGUGACGGGCAGACACCUGAUGUAAUAAAUAAUUCAAAGUAGAUUACAAAGGCAGUUGACUCCCUGCUGAAACAGAGGCCUUAUGUUGUGAUUCUAUUUAAUUUCUUUAAUAUUUUAUCAGGAAAAGAUGAAACACCUUAUUUGUUUAUUUGUAAUAACAUUUCCUUCUGUGUUAAAAAGCCAGGGAGGUCUACAAAAUUGUAAAAAUGCUACGUAGUCUCACAGGAUUUUGGAUUGUUUUGCUAAACGGAUCGAAACUGAAUUGUGGAAUACUUAUCUGUUUCUCUAGCUGUUUUAGAGGAGUGUGGGGAUGAGUAAGAUAAAGACAGAUGACUAAUGAACACGAGGGAGUAGCGGAAAGUAGGCGUUGAACGCACUAUAUUUAUUAUGCUUUAGAAGCAAAAAGCACCAUAGUGUUCUGUCUGUUUAAGCUUGUUUAAGGCUGUGUAAGGGUGCACUGAGUAAUCUGUCUUAAGUCUUGAACGGAUAAGAAUAGAAAGCCAGAUUAGACCAUUAUAAAAGAUGUGGCUAAUUACAUUUUACUCUGACCUUGACUUAGUUAGUCAUGGAUGAUUAAACACUGCUCAUGUCCUCCUUUUUGUUAGCAAUACAUUUAGUACAUGGAACCAGUCAUCAUAGAAUAAUAAGCAUGGAGGAAAUGCAAAUGAUUCAUUAGGCUGAAUAUCCCUGAAGACAAGGAACAACGUCCUAGAGAGCUUAAAGUUUCCUUUUUCCCCACACAAUGGAAACACUUGGGGUAUGACGUCAAAUAGACCUUGUGGUGACCACACAGACAGUCGGUUGGUAAAGAAUGUCUGGAUAGUGACUAAUGUCUGCAUGUUGCUAAAUUAUGGCAUUUUUUUAUUGUGUGGUGUGUUGUAUGUUUUCUGUUACAACUAUUUGCACCCCCCAUAUGACAGAAUAGGAGAGAACCUCGUAGUUAUGGUGACAUCAAUAUGUGUGUGUAUGUGUCUGUCCUGGAUACUAAAGCAUGGCUACUAACACAGAGCAUCAAGUCACAAGUCAUCUCUCAGAAUCCUCUACGCUUGUUUGACUGGGAUCAAUAUUAGGUCUGAGUUUCUGUGGAUAUUGAUAUCAGUCAGAUAUCAUAGUAUUCCCUCUCUUAAACUAAACUGUUAAUACAUAAUAAUACAUCUGUCUAAACACACUUUGCUCAGCGCAACCAUCUUAAUAAUAUCAUGCUAAUACUGUAAAAAAAAUGUUCUGCCUCCAUGUGAAGCCUGGAAAUUCAUUUAAUUACAUAUUAAAUAAUAAGUGCAUACUUUUCACAAUUGUUUUUUUGCAGUUUUUGUCACAAGGCAGCUUUACAGAAAUAUGUAGGCCUGUGUUUUAAUAGUUUCACCCUAAUGUUUAACCUUGUGUUUAUACCUUUUUGUUUAAUUUUAAAUGUUCCGUUUUAUUUGAUGUUCAAUACUAUGUAUUUUUCCUUAUGUACUUUAUAUAUUUUUUUAUCUUUGGUUUAAUGUUAUGUUUUUCAUUUUGUAGUUGUCUUUACCAUGUAUUUAUCUCAUGCGUAUUAUUUAUAUCUUUCCCUUUGUUUAAUGUCCUAUAUAUAAUAUGUAUGUUUAAUUGUAUGUUUGCUUAUUGUUUUAUGCUUCUCUAUCAAUAUGUGUGACUAAGUAGUUAGAGCUCAUUGGUCACAGGGUUCACACUUAAACAUUUUUUAAAAAAGCAAUCUGGUGUAAAAUGGAGGGAGAAACAUGAUAACAAGUAUCAUUUCUUUUUUAAUAAAUGUGUUACCUUUCAAAAGUUGUUUUAGAGGUCCGGGCACUCAGAAUUCUACCAAUGAAGUGUGGAGCUACUUUGAGCUUGUGCCUCCAUCACUAGCAUUGCAGACCUGUUAAAAGCACUGUGGGCUAUUCCACAGUUCGAAGUUCGUACUCAAUAUUAUUUUUCACUGCACCCCAAGUUAAUUUUAAAUUGGAUUGCUCCAUUAAGUAAGGCACUUAACCCUCUCUGCUCUGCUGUAGAAUGUAUAACCCCGCCUCUGACCCAGGCUUUCUAAACUGCUACAUAUUUUGAUUCUUGGAAAAGAAUUUGUCAAUGAGAUUCACUUCAUGAAAUUCUUUGAAACAACUAUAAUUGCUAAUUUUAGAAAUUAUUACCUAAUAAAAAUCUAA